AUGGACUUCUCUGCAAGUAAUUCUGACGAGCUUACACCGAAGAAACCGAUUUCUACUACUUCAAAUGACGUGGUCGAUUUUUCGAGUCCAUUGUCUAUUAUAGAAGGUCUAGACAGUGGUAAGUUUGGAAGUGUUGCAAAAGACAUACAUGCUCUUCUAGCUCAGAAGAUGCGGAGUCCAAAUCUGUAUUCUAAAAGCUUCCCAAGAACUAGAACUAAAAAUGGGUCUUUAGAUGUGGGAAAGGACCGAGUUAAACAGGCUUCGAAGUUGGCAAAUACCACUCGUUCAGUACGUGACAUUGUCAUUAUUGAUUUAGAGCAAGAGUUUGUUGCAACUGAGACUCAAGCGACAUCAGCGCCCGUCAUAAUCAUUGAUUCAGAUGGGGAGGACAUGGGAUAUCAGACUGGGGAGAAACCAUCUUAUCUGUCUCAAAACGUUUUAAAAGAUCAACCCACCGGAGAGUUUUCGUUCAAGGACAAAAAGGAAGACAAAGAUGUCUAUGUGGUCAUAGAAGAUGAAAACAAUCAUCAAUUUAACAUUGAUGAUGGUGGUAUUGACGAUGUCUGUUUGGAAGAUGCAAGUGGAAUUAAGGAAGAUAAAUGUGUGAAUGAAAAACCCGCUGAAGAAACUUUGCUGGAGGACAUAAAGGAAGACAAAGAUGCUCAAGUGGGCAUAGAAGAUGAAGGCAAUCAUCUACCUAACACCAAGGAUGGUGGUACCGACCUCGACGAUAUCUGUGCCGAAGAUGCAACUGGAAUUAAGGAAGAUGAAUGUGUGAAUGAAAAACCACCCGUUGGAGAAACUUUGCUGAAGGACAUAAAGGAAGACAAAGAUGCUCGUGUGGGCAUAGAAGAUGAAGGGAAUUGUCUACCUAACACCCAAGAUGGUGGUAUGGACGAUAUCUGUGCGGAAGAUGCAACUGGAAUUGAGGAAGAUGAAUGUGUGAAUGAAAAACCACCUGUUGGAGAAACAUUACUGAGGGACGUAAAGGAUGAUAAAGAUGCUCAUGCGGGCAUAGAAGAUGAUGGCAAUUGUCUACCUAACACUGAGGAUGGUGGUAUCGACGAUAUCUGUGCGGACGAUGCAACUGGAAUUAAGGAAGAUGAAUGUGUGAAUGAAAAACCACCCGUUGGAGAAACUUUGCUGAAGGACAUAAAGGAAGACACAGAUGCUCAUUUGGGCAUAGAAGAUGAAGGCAAUCAUCUACCUAAGUCUGGGGAUGGUGAUAUUGACGAUGUCUGUGUGGAAGAUGCAGCUAAAAUUAAGGGAGCUGAUUAUGUAUAUGUUGGCACAGACGGUGAUGGCAAUGAAAUCAGUAACGAGGAUGAUGGUCUUGACGAUUUUUGGAAGGAGAUGUCGAUGGCAUUAGAACUUUCCAAGGAUGUUUCUAUGGAUCAUUCACAAAAUAAACAGGUGAUGGAAGAUGAAGAAAACUGUGAACAUUCCUUUCUUUUAAAGGACGAUCUUGGUUAUGUUUGCCGCAUUUGUGGGGUUAUUGACAGAGGAAUCGAGACAAUAUUUAAGUUCCAGUAUAACAAGGUUAAAAGGAGUAAUAGAACAUAUGUGCCGGGAUCAUGGUAUUCUAAAGACAGAGAGUCGACUGGAAUAGGUGGACUUAAUUUGUCUGGUAAUGAUUUGAUUCAAAAUGAAGUAUAUGUCCACCCCAGGCAUGCCAAGAAGAUGAAACCUCAUCAAGUAGAGGGUUUCAAUUUCCUUGUUAGCAACUUGGUGGGUGAUAAUCCUGCAGGCUGCAUUUUAGCACAUGCACCUGGAUCAGGAAAAACAUUCAUGAUAAUAAGUUUUUUGCAGAGUUUCAUGAUUAAGUAUCCAAAUGCCAGACCACUAGUUGUUCUUCCCAAGGGAAUCCUGGAAACAUGGAAGAAAGAGUUCCGGAUUUGGCAAAUAGAGGAUAUCCCACUGUAUGAUCUGUACACUGGCAAAGCAGAAACCCGAUUCCAGCAAUUAGAUGUUCUGAAACAGUGGGUGGAGAACAAGAGUAUUCUUUUCUUGGGAUACAUGCAAUUCUCCUCCAUUGUUUGUGAUCCGGAAAACAGCAAUGCAUCGAAUUCAUGUCGUGAGAUACUGCUAAAGGCUCCAUCAAUUCUUAUUCUGGAUGAAGGGCAUACUCCAAGAAAUGAGGGCACACAUAUCUUUCAAGCCCUUGCGAAGGUGCAGACACCCAGAAAAGUAGUACUUUCCGGGACGUUGUACCAGAAUAGUGUCAAAGAGGUGUUCAAUGUCCUGAAUCUUGUUCAACCUAAUUUUUUGAGAACGGAAACAUCCCAACCCAUAGUCAAGCGCAUCAUGAGUAAAGUGGACAUAUCAUUGUCAGGUUUUAGGAAGAGCUUCAAAGCUGGUAGUGAUGCAGCUUUCUUUGAUUUAGCGGAAGUAACACUGCAGAAGGAUAAAGAUUUUAGAAGGAAAGUGUCUGUUAUAAAUGACCUGCGUGAGAUGACUAGCAAGGUGCUUAACUAUUACAAAGGUGAUUUCAUGGAUGAGCUUCCUGGACUUGUUGAUUUCACUGUAGUACUCCAUCUCAGCUCCAGCCAAAAGCGUGAAGUGGGAAAAAUCAAGUUGCAAAGCAAGUUCAAAGCAAGUUUUGAUGGGGGCUCCAUUUAUUUGCAUCCGAAGUUGAAGCCACUCUCCGACAACCGCAAUGUGAGUGAUGAGGAGCUCGAUGAGGUGCUGGAAAAUUUAGAAGUGGAGGAUGGAGUGAAGGCAAAGUUUUUUUGGACCAUGCUAAGUUUAUGCGAGUCAAAGAACGAGAAACUGCUGGUUUUCAGUCAGUAUAUCACACCUUUAAAAUUUUUGGAGAGAUUAGCAGUGAAAGAGAAGGGCUGGUGUCAAGGAAGGGAAAUGUUUUUUGUCUCAGGUGAUUCAAGUCCACGGGACAGGAAGUUGUCCAUGGAAUGCUUCAACAACUCCCCUGAAGCCAAAGUCUUUUUUGGCUCCAUCAAGGCAUGUGGAGAGGGAAUUUCUUUGGUGGGGGCAUCUAGAAUUAUAAUUCUGGACGUUCAUCCCAAUCCAUCUGUGACCCGUCAAGCCAUUGGGCGCGCAUUCCGUCCCGGGCAGACAAAGAAAGUGGUUGUUUACAGAUUGGUUGCUGCUGAUUCACCUGAAGUGGAAGACUAUGACACUUGCCUCAAGAAGGAAUUGAUUUCAAAGACAUGGUUUGAAUGGAAAGAAUGUUGCGGAUAUAGAGAUUUUCAAGUGGAGACCGUUGAUGUUAAUGAGUGCGGUGACGAGUUCUUGGAGAGUAAUCCAAUUCUUGCGAAAGACAUAAAGGUUAUGUACAGAAGGUAGAUCCCGCAAUCACUUAUGCUGAGACAUUGUUUAAAGUGAAGUUCAUAAGACUAGGAUUCUCUUCUGUUAAUAGUUUAUCCAUGUAUUUUGGUUCCGGAACCUUCUGAACCCGGUAUAAGAUUCUCCAUUUUGGACACUUUUUCCAUUCAUUUUUGUAAAAGAAGCUCUAUACUGUGCCUUAGGCCAUCUCCAACCCACACCCCUAUCUUCAAAAAAGAAUAAUUUCACACCAUCUAAGGAGUUACUCUCCAACCCAU